AUGUCUCCACCUCACCCUGUGCUGCAUCUGGCUCAGCAGGGAGGAAUCAGCCACAUAGGCCCGCUCCAACCCGGGAACUGGAGCAGUGGGGACCCCAGCGACGACCGCACCUUCCCGCGCAGCCCAGGGAACUGGGCGGCCGGGGGACCAGGCGCUUCGCCGGCAGGGCCCGGCCAGGGUCACCGGGGCGCGAUCAGUUGCGCACCCCUUCUCAGGCACACACCUCUCGGCCACCGACCUCCUCGAGACCGUGAAUGGCAUUGUCGGGGAGCGCUGCCGCUGCCAGCGACUUUUGGAGACGCGGUGCCCUCGACGGUGCCCGCCCCAGCUCGGCGCCUCUGGGCCACAGACUUGGGAUCCCCGGAGGGAGUGACGCGCCCCGAGGAUGCGCGGGAGAGGCUCACCGUGCUCUGGCUUACCUGCCCGCCCUGGCCUCGUCUCUGCGCUGGGGUCCCGCCGCCUGGUGCCGGCAAAAUCUUUGGCUGGCUCCCUUCCCGCUGCGCUGGGCGGUCGCGGCCUGCGGGCUCUUAUGGUGCCGCCAGCCCGCCCCGCCCCUCCCGCCGUCGGGGGCGCCCGCCCGCCCCGGCCCCGCCCCCGUACCGCCCCGGGUGGGCGGAGGACCAGCCCCGGCAGCGCCCGCGUCCCCGCCCGGAGACCCGACAGCCUGUCGGAGGCGGUGGCCAGCGGCCGGAGGCCGGCGCAACUCUUCACCCGCCUGGGGUCUCGAGCAUCCCAGAGCCUCGAGCGCGAGGGAGCGGGGACAUCUCCGGGGCCCAGGAGUUGCCGGUCCGAGACGGGCCGCCCUUCCCUUGUCGGCCGCCCUGGGGGCUUCUCCCAGCCGAGUCUAACGCGGAGCAGGGGCGGCCGGUGAGGAACCUCAAGUCAAACCCGUCCCCGCUGGGGCGAUCCCUGUCCUGCUCUACCUGGCGGGCUCCGGACCCUUCCCGGGGCUCCUCGGGCCCUGUGCCAGGGCCCCUGGGCCCCCAGGCACCUGAUGGUCGCCCAGGUCCUUCUGUGGCCCCGUGCGCCGCCCCCGAGCUGGACGCGGUGUCCCGGCGGGGUCGCCCCACUUUGCCUGUAGCGCCCAAGCUAUGA